GUGAACUUCUGCACUUCUUCAACGCCAUUUAUUUCAAAUUUUCCUGGAUUGUUAUUCCAAAGAGUUCUACGACUUAUAACACAUUCAUGCGCCACACAAUUCCAAAUACAUCUAAGACAUAAUGUCAACCAUCCACACCCUCCAAGCCCGUCUCAAAGAGACCUCCAAUGCCCUAUACGAAACAAAACCACUCAUCGAUCGUCUCCGAAACUUCACCCAAGCCAUUGGCCAAGGCGACGAAGCGCGCCUCGAACUCGGUGCCGAAAUCCACUCAAGACUGAAAAAUGUCGAAGAGGAAAUGGAGAUUUUGAAUGUUGAGGUUGAAGGGUUGGAAGUUACGACGGGUGCACAAAGUAAACGGAAGACGGGUGAUAAUAAUGGAGAGAAGGAUGCGGAGAGAAAAAUGGUUAUUGGGAUCGCGGAGAGGUUGAUGAGUGAUUUGAAACGGACAAGAACCGAAUUCCGAACCGCGCAACUCCAGGCAAACCGUAACGCAGAAGCUGCUCGCAGAAAAGAGCGAGAGAUGCUAUUUGCGCGACCCAGUGAAAGAGCCGAAUCAACAAUCAAAGGAUCCAACAAGUUUACCCAGAAUGAUAUUGUGGUGAAUGCAUCGAAUGAUGUUACGGCCGCCCUUAGGAGGACACACGAGCUUAUGCGGACGGAGCUUUCACGUAGUCAGUUUGCGCAAGAGACACUAGAGCAAUCAACAGCCGCACUUUCCUCCCUCUCCGAAUCCUACACCAACCUUGACACCGUCUUAUCAUCCACCAGAACUCUCGUCAGCUCUCUCCUCCGGUCCCAGAAAUCCGAUACAUGGUAUCUCGAGACAUCCUUCUACUUACUCAUUGGCACUAUCGCAUGGCUCGUUUUCAGAAGGAUACUUUAUGGACCCAUGUGGUGGCUUGCCUGGAUGCCAGUGAAGAUGAUAUAUAAUGUUGUUGCAUCUGUUAUCGGGCUGGCGACUAUCUCGGAAUCCAUUGCUACCACGACCUCGGCCGUUAUCAGCGCUACACAGGUCACAUCUCUACCUGGGGAAACUGAAACAGCGAGUAUAGUGAUGGAUGGAGCAGAUGCUCCAGUUAUGAAGACCUACGAACAGGUAUCUGCGGAGACGGAAAAUGAGAAUAGUGUACUUGAUAAGAUUAAUCACAUGGUCAAAGGAGAUCAACAACACGAAACAGCGGAGGAAUAUGACGGUCCACGAAAUACGAAGAAGAGAAUGUGGGAAGAACCCGUGGAACGACGUGAUGAAUUAUAAACCAAUGAUUAUAUGAUAUAAUAAUGUGUGGAUAUUUUCGAAAUGCAUAGCGUAUGGCCAAUUGAGCGUCUAUUUUGAUACUUCAAGGUAUAUUUCCUCAAGUCCUCGUAUCCUGGGAGAGAAAAGAAGAGAGAAGCCGAGGCGAUCAUAGCAAUACCAUUUGGACAGAACAUUUUAGAAAGAGCGUGUGGGGGUGAGAGAGUAUGUAAUGGAAAGGAG